GACAGUGUCUCCCGUACCUUUGUGAGAUAUUCCAACUUCAAAUUUUGGAUUUGUGUAGAUAGUCUAAGAUGAAUGGAGAAUAACGAGCUGUACUCCCCCUUCGUUGGCAGUGGGAAGUGCUGCCCGAGUGAUCAUCAAAUUUGAUUACAGAUCGAGCAAUCGCCUCCAAAAACUUCCAACAACCAGACGAAAUUUACAAAAGGCUCUCACUGACACGCAUUGCGUGUAGAACUUUGCACUCCACCAACACCUCCAACUACGAUGCCUUCUUUGGACAGCAUUACUCUGAUUUUUAUAUCUCGCUCAUGACAAGUUGACGAUUAAACUCUGCAUUGCGUCUGAGGCAAUGGGCUUCAUCGGUCCAUAAUUCUGGUAAUGAUAUGAAGUUCGAGAGCAGAACGGGGGACGGUUCAAUGGGGAACGACCGCUGAUUGGAUAAGAGGAAAAUAAAUCGGAGAUUUAAAUCCCGAGCUCCGACGGACACGGAAGCUUUACUUUCCCGAAUGGCAGCAUCCUUCUUGUCCAUUGUAACAAUUGCCAUACUUUCUUCGUCAUCCCCAUAAUUUGUCUCUCGUCUUCUUUUCCCCCCAUUUCACAUACAUUUGCGCUCGAAAAUGACAGACUCUACGGAAACGGAACGUUCAGGUCCCUACGGACGAGCUUGUCUCAACUGUGCUAAGGCAAAAACGAAAUGUAACUUUGGUAGUGACCAAAGAGUUUGUGAGAGAUGUGGUAGACUCAAAAAGGGAUGUGUUACUGCUCCGGCGAAACGGAGACAGAAACCACGCGUGACUGCAGAACGUCUUGAACAAAGAUUAGACGGGCUUGUAUCUUUACUGAGGACUAUCUCACCAAAUAAUCCAGCUGUCGAGAAUGCCCUCAAUAGUUUCACAGUCCGAUCUUCUGAUAAGCAUCCAUCAAGUUUACUUUCUAAUGCCGUAAACACUUCAGCGAGAGAUCCCGAUGAAGUUGCAUCUACUAAUUCAAGUGCGGCACAUCUUCCUCCCACACCGGCAUCGAGCGCGAGCUCAACGUAUCCAUACACUUUACCGGAGGGUGCGGAACCAACAAUAGAAGAAGCAGAAAUAUACUUUCAUUCAUUUUGUACUAGAAAUCUUCCCCAUUUCCCAUUUAUACAGUUUCAAGAUGGCAUGACGGCCCGUCAGUUACGACAUGAGCGCCCCUUCUUUUGGUUAUGUAUCAUGACAAUGUCAUCAACGGUCAUCCAACGGCAAAUUACACUUGGGAAAACAAUCCGAGAGAUCGCAGCUCGGGAACUUGUUGUGGAAGGAAAGAGAAAUUUGGAUCUGUUACUGGGUUUAGUUUGUUUCGUUGGAUGGGGACAGUAUCAAAUACGAACCGCGCCCUUCAUGACUCUAUUUUCGAAUCUGAUCGUUACACUUGUGGUUGAUUUACAACUUCAUCAACCUACUAGUGAAGAGUCUCAUAAUUCGGGGCUGGAACAGGAAUUUCGGCAUAAUGAAAUGAUGGAGGUACCAUUGACUCGAAAUAUGGAGCAUCGUCGUCUAGUGUUAGCUUGCUAUUACCUAACCUCAACUCUUUCAACCUUUCAUAAGAAAUUGGAAAGCAUAGUCUGGUGUCCUUAUAUUGACAAAUGUUUAUCAAAACUAGAAGAAAGAAAAGAUCCGUCUGAUGAGCUUUUAAUCAACCAGGUGCGACUUCAACACGUUGUGCGUAAGACGGCAGAAUCAUAUAUAAAUCUCAUACGCGAUGGAACACCAGACCAACCUGGGAGUUCCACUCUUAUUAUGCUCUAUAUCCAAAAUCUCAAAUCACAACUAGCGGAGGUUAAAAAAAAGAUACCCUCUCAUUUAAAAGAAAAUAGGGCCUUGAACCUUCAAGCUUACGGCGCAGAAGUCAUGAUUCACGAGUUUGCUAUCUAUCUUCCCAACUCCACUGAAGCUUUAUUAUUAGAUUCCUCACUUUCUCGAAUAGAAUCACUUCAUUGCUGUCUUAACUCCAUAAAAUCUUGGUUUGACAUUCUCCUCAACUCACCAGCCUCACAUUUUAUAGGACUACCACUUCCAGUGUGGAAGCAAUUCGGAGGGGUUUUCUUCCCUUUAUAUCGUUUAACGGUGCUUAAAGAUCCAGCAUGGGAUACCGACAUGGUCAGGAGGGUUUGUGCGCCUGGAAGAAUCUUGGAUGCACUAGGACAAAGUCUAAAAGAAUCAGAAGCCGAGGCCGCCUGGGAAAGAACCAGUAGUGAUUCCGAAAACAUAUUUACGUGUUCGGAAAAGGUCAUGAAGAUGUUCAAAGCAUGGGUAGAGCGCAAACCGGGAUUCAAUGCGCCCAUUGCCAUUACUUCCAACUCUAUCGAUGACUUCCAAGAAAAGCAACAACAGCCAAUGCCAGAGACAGACCAAAUAGCUUCUAUGUCAACUUUUAUGCCAAUGGAAAUGGAAGAUGUUUGGUCGCAGGACUACAUGGGACUCUGGGAUGUGUAUCCCAACUCUUUUUGAAUCUCUUAUCAAUGUUCCGCAGGAACCGAAGAGUGUGACGCAUCUCGGAUGCAGUAAUAAUAUACAAAUACUAGUAUUGAUAAUCAACUCC